AAUAACCUAAAAACGAACCCUAACCGCGCUCUCGGUGAUCCCAUCCCAACAGCUAACCGGACUUGCACGAAAGCUCCAGCCUCCUGCAUCUUCAUCAGGAGCAACAAAUUGAGAAAAUCAUUAAAUUAUUAGCUUGCAGAACGAAGUUAUGUUGGAGAAGGAAACAAACCCAACAAACCCAAAUUUUAAUAAGUCAACUGGCUUACCUCGAAAGCGAUUCUAUCGAGCUCGAGCGCACAGCAACCCACUAAGCGAUUCUCACUUCCCUGUUCCAGUCUCCCCUUCUCAUGUUGAAUAUUCCCUUCAUUAUCCUCACUUCUUUCCCUCAUCUGAUCAAAUGAAUAAUUCAAAAAAGAUCCAGUUUGCGGAUAUUGGUUGUGGUUUUGGUGGGCUUUUAAUUAGUCUUUCAACCCUUUUUCCUGAAACCCUAAUGAUUGGAAUGGAACUCAGGGAUAAAGUGUCAGAAUAUGUCAAAGAACGAAUUUCUGCUUUGAGGGUGUCAAAUCCAGGUCAAUACCAAAAUAUCUCAGUGGUUCGAACUAAUUCCAUGAAGUACAUUCCGAAUUACUUUGAGAAAGGACAACUUACAAAGAUGUUUUUCUUGUUCCCUGACCCUCACUUUAAGGAGAAGAAUCAUCGUCGUAGAGUGAUCAGUCCACAUUUGUUAGAUGAGUAUGCUUAUGUUCUUGGCAUUGGAGGGAUUAUAUACACAAUUACAGAUGUGGAGGAGCUAGGGGACUGGAUGAAGUCUUGUUUAGAAAGUCAUCCAAUGUUUGAACCACUUACGGAGGAAGAGCUUGAAGCAGAUCCAGUGGUAAAGCUCUUGAGUUGUGCAACCGAGGAAGGACAAAAGGUUGCUCGGAAUGGAGGACAGACAUUCCAAGCAGUUUUCAGACGCAUUGUACCAACUUCAUAAUACAAUGAAAAUGAUAUGCCCAGGUUCAGUCAUUCAAGAUGUUUAGCUUGGUAAAGUAGUAGAAUUGUAGUUGGUUACUCAGUUUACCAUCAGAAGUCAGAAGUACUCUUAUUGUGAAUCAUUUGCCUUUUGAAAUGUUUGAGUGGUCGAUUGGCCAUGUAUUUUUGUUAUUUGAUCAUGGAAGCUCUACAGAGAUGUAUACUUUACAUUAUUUUAUUUCAGUUUUUUACCACAGUUGGGUAUGAAUUUUUAUCCUGGAUUUUCAUGAAAAUUUAUGAUGUGGAUCCAUCUGUAAGUGAA